GCGGCGCGGCUGUGCCGGAGCCCUGCCCAGUCCCAGUCCCUGACAUAGUUCCUUUCCUCCCCUCCGCCGUCACACAGCCUCGCAGAGUCUAAUAAAAUGCACGGUGUUGCAACCGAGUGCUUUUUAGCCCCAAAGAGAGAGGCAGCGUGGAUGUCCAUGGCGGUGUGGACAAACCGCACAAAGCUGAGCCAAGCCGGGGAAGCCCACCGCCCAGGGUCGCAUGGUUUUUGCCUCCAGUGGUAGGAAACUCAGGAAAGGCGGCUGGGGCCAGGUGAGGGGGUGGGGGACCCACUCCGCAUUGCUAACAUCCCAUCAUACGGGCGCUGGUUCGAGUCCAGGCUGCUCCACUUCCCAUCCGUCUCCCUGCUAAUGCGCCUGGGAAAGCUGUGAGAUGCACCAAGUCCUUGGACCCCUGCACCCAUGUGGGAGACCCAUGUGGGAGUUCCUGGCUCCUGGCUUCAUCCUGGUCCAACCUGAAUCAUUGCAACCACUUGGGGGAGUGAACCAGCAGGUGGAAGAGCACUUUCUCUCUCUCUCUCUCUCUCUCUCUCUCUCUAGUUUUACCUUCAAAGAAAUUAAACAAUUAUCUUUCAAAUAUUUUAUUGACUUAUUUGAGAGAGUGAGGGGCGGGGGCCGUCCUCCUCUGGUUCAGUCCCCAAACGCCCGCAAUGGCCAGGACUGGAUCCGGGCUGAAGCCAGGAGGCAGGGAGACAACACAGGUCUCCCACGUGGGUGGCAGAAACCCAAAGACUUGAGCCAUCGUCUGCUACUUCCAGGGUGCGCCUCCACAGGGAGCUGGGGUCAGGGACGGAGCCUGGACUCGAACCCAGACACCCCGGUACGGGAUGCAGGCGUCUAAUCACUGCGGGGUGCCUACCUACCCCUACGCUCUUGUUGGCAGAGACUUGAGGUGAUGCAGGAGACAGGGAGCGCGGGAGAGACCCGACGAACUUGCCUUCAUAGCAGACCCACUCUGGAGAUGACCUUGAACCCCUUAAUCCAUUCAUCACACGAAUCCAUGAAUCCAUUCAGGACAGAGCCUAACCGUCUGUUCCCCUGCUCUUGUCUCACCAUGGGGAGUCAAUCCCAACAUAGGGUUUCGCAGGAGAGGCACCAUAUUCGGAGUGUAUGUGUGUGUGUGUGUGUGUGUGUGUGGACUAACCCAUGUUGACACUCGUAUCUGAUUUAUUUUCUUAUCUAUUCAAAGAAACAUGAGUUUGUACCGAUAACAUUAGAGGAAUUAACUAGCGGGUUAAUACGUACGGCACACAGACGGCUUGUUCAGCCCUAGAGUGUCUUUCAAUAAUUAUUUGCAAUUUUUCUUUAUUUACUUAUGUGAGAGACUGAGGCAGGGAGAGAGGAAGAGAGAGAGAGGGAGAGAGAGAAAGCAAGCGCUCCCUUCACUGGUUCACUCCCCCAAAUGCCUGCAAUGGCCAGGGGGCUGGGCAGACAGAGUUGGGAGCCAGGAGCUCCAUCCAGGGGUCCUAUGCAUGGUCAGUGGCAGGAACUCAAUGACUGGAGCCGUCUCCCGCUGCCUCCCAGGGUCUGCAUGAGCAGGAAGCUGGAAUUGGGAGCCCAGAGCCUGGUAUCAAACCCAGGCGCUCUGCUGUGGGAUGCAGGUGUCUCAGCCCCUUAAGCUAAAUGCCUGCCCGCGAUUUUCUGCCUUGUUUAUCUAUACCCCAAUGAGAAACAAAUGUACCUAUGUGUCAGUGUGUCUGCCCAGCGUAGAGAUCUGUGUAAGGGCGAUAUCUCACUGAGCCGGACACGCGGACCCUGUGGCCAUGAGCUGGCGCUGGCCCUCAGGCCUCCAAUCUGAGCCACCCUGGAGCUCCAGGGCUCCAGUCUGUGUCCAUGGGGAUGCGGUCCGUGCACAGCAGCCAAAUUCAAGUCCCGGUGCUGUGCGGGGCUGGGGGGGGGGAGCGCGGCUGAGGAGGCACAGGGAUCUGCGGCAGCCUUGGGACGCAUUUUUUUCCCUCUGCAAGACACAGAUGUCACUCAGCCUGAGUGGGUGCAGACCGGGUGGGGCGGCCCCUGUGGGCGAGGGCCCUGGCAGCAGAACCAGCCCAGCAGGUGUGCUAGCCCAGGCACGCUCCAGGCUGGGAGCUGCCACAAGACAGCGAGAUCCUAAAGGCCAUCGGUGGUUCAUCAGAAGGGAGCUGGAUCGGAAGUGGAGCAGCCGGGACUCGAACUGGCGCCCAGAUGGGAUGCGGCCACGGCUUUAUCGGCUGCGCCACAGCGCCGGGACAAGUUCUAACCACAGGCUAGCCGCUCACACACUUGUCUGGUGGUGAACGUGUCUCAGGGUAACCUUGCUUGGGCCUCCGCAGGUGCGCGCCGCGGGGGAAGACGGCGGCUCGAUCUCUCCGCAGCCUUGGGGCGGGUGGCCCAUGGAGCCCGGCCUGCUGCGACCCGCACCGGUGAGCGAGGUCAUCGUCCUGCAUUACAACUACACCGGAAAGCUCCGGGGCGCGCGCUACCAGCCCGGCGCGGGGCUGCGCGCCGACGCCGCCGUGUGCCUGGCCGUGUGCGCGCUCAUCGUGCUGGAGAACUUGGCCGUGCUCCUCGUGCUCGCGCGCCACCCGCGCUUCCACGCGCCCAUGUUCCUUCUCCUGGGGAGCCUCACGCUGUCUGACCUGCUGGCCGGCGCCGCCUACGCCACCAACAUCCUGCUGUCGGGGCCGCUCACGCUGCGACUGUCGCCUGCGCUCUGGUUCGCGCGUGAGGGCGGCGUCUUCGUGGCGCUCGCCGCGUCGGUGCUGAGCCUCCUGGCCAUCGCCCUGGAGCGCCACCUCACCAUGGCGCGCCGGGGCCCCGCGCCCGCCGCCAGUCGGGGUCGCACGCUGGCUCUGGCGGCGGCCGCCUGGGGCGUGUCGCUGCUCCUGGGGCUGCUGCCCGCGCUGGGCUGGAACUGCCUGGGUCGCCUGGACGCCUGCUCCACGGUCCUGCCCCUCUACGCCAAGGCCUACGUGCUUUUCUGCGUGCUGGCCUUUGUGGGCAUCUUGGCCACCAUCUGUGCGCUCUACGCGCGUAUCUACUGCCAGGUGCGUGCCAACGCCAGACGCCUGCGGGCGCGACCCAGGGCUGGCCGGGGCGCGUCGAGCCGCGCGCGGCGAACGCCUCGCUCCCUGGCGCUACUGCGCACGCUCAGCGUGGUGCUCCUGGCCUUCGUGGCCUGCUGGGGUCCUCUCUUCCUGCUGCUUUUGCUGGACGUGGCGUGCCCGGCGCGUGCUUGUCCUGUGCUCCUGCAGGCGGAUCCCUUCCUGGGCCUGGCCAUGGCCAACUCGCUUCUAAACCCCAUCAUCUACACACUCACCAACCGCGACCUGCGCCACGCGCUCUUGAGGCUCCUCUGCUGUGGCCGCCGUCCGUGUGGCCGAAGCCAGAGCGGCUCCCAGCAGUCCCCGAGCGUGGCCGGGGCUUCGCGUGGCCUGAGCCGCUGCCUGCCCCCGGGCCUGGACGUCAGCUCCAGCCGUUCGGAGCGCUCCUCACCCCAGCAGGAUGCACUGGACACCAGCGGUUCCGCCGGCAGCCCCGGCGCGCCCAUGGCCGCCAGGACCCUGGCACUGGAGCUAGCCGCACACUCGUGACCUCGGCCCGCCACUGCCACCCGGAGAGCUGUUCUACAGAUUUUCUUUCUUUUUGGAAAGGCGGAGAGACAGAGAGAGGGAGCGCGGCACAGAGACUGCCCGGCCACGGCUUCACUCCCCAGGGGCUGGGCUGGGGCUGCAGCCGGGGCACCCAGCCUCCCAGGGUCAGCAGCAGCAGGAAGCCGGAAUGCAAGAAUUUGCAGAAAACACAGUGGUGGAGGGAGAAAAAAGACGCAGAGGGGGCGUGCGUUUAUUGCCGCCAACCCCAACAACAGUGAACAGACCAAAAUCCUUGCCCGGUGGAAUUAGCAUUUUGGCGCGGGAGACACAGACAACGACAGAGUGGCCACAUAAUGGAGAUGAUCCCAGUGACCUAGAAGGAUGCCGCGGUGGCCUGGGGGAGGCCGCUCUGCCGAGGUGACGUGAGCUGUCCUGGGAACACCCGAGGGAACGGAGUCUCAGGAGGCGGGAACCACAUGUGCAAAGGACCUGAGGCUGCAGGGAUCCAGGAGGAACGAGAGACAGCCCCGGGAGGUGAGGCAGAAGAUUGUGCAAGGCCUUGCGGGCUGCAGGCAGGACUUGGCUUUUGCUGUGCGUGGACUGGAAGUCAUGGAAGGACUUGCCCCGUGCAGGUGCUCACGAGCGCCCUCUGCGGGAGGCACACAAUAGGGCCGGAAUUGGGUGUGAGGACAUUGCCCCAGCGCCUCAGCCAAAACCUGACAAUAGCACUGCUCUGUGUGCCGGUGUCGGCUUGUUGAUAAAAUAUACAAAUAAAAUAAUAAGAGCG